GUGUUUCUCUGAGAGAACAGAUCGAGUAUCUCUUAGGCAGUGUAUAGGGAAGUUAUUGUUUAUUGAACUUAAGGUGCUGAACAUUUUGUUACGUUGCAAAAAAAACCUGGCGUUGCAAUACCUUAUAAUUAUUCAGGCAUGUAAACUGAUCUCUACAAUAUCUCAUGGACUGUAUAUAUUAGGAAAUAAUGUAGUGUACUUGUUUUAAAAUGAAAGACUGUAAAAACAUUGUUGACCUAAACUUGGAUAUUCUGCAAUUGAUUUUUGAUCAACUUACAAGGGUCGAUCAGCUAAAUUUGGCCCGGACUCAUCCAAUUUUUUGCGAUGCAUUCGCCUACCUGUACCGAGAAAAACUGUUCAAGGAAGUCUACGAGUUUCAGCUGCCAACUGUUGAAGAUUGGCGCUACUUCCUACCCCUGUGCGGGUCUGGCGUCCAAUCCCUCUAUACUUACUCGUGCACAGAUCAGAUGGUGGAGCUGGCCUUACAAUUUUGCCCCAAAUUGGAGUUAAUAUCAAUACUUUCUUAUGGAUUCAGCAACAUACAGCACAAUUUGCUACAAAUAAAGACUCUGCAGGAAAUCGAACUGAUCAAUUUUUCUAGCCAGAAAAACAGCCUAAUUGAGCUUUUACAUGAGCUGCCUAAACUGCGAAUAUUAAGACUUAAAAAUUGUAAAUUUGAUGACCUUUUUCAAAUAAAAUACUUGACCCAAUUAGAGGAGCUUGAAGUGCGCUUGAAGCACGAUUGCUAUAAGAAAAAACCGGUAACGGAAAUAGAUAGUCACGAAAUGAUGCAAGAUCUUCCAGAUAGACAACAAUUUGAACAAUUUUUGGAUAUAUGCGAACCGUUGAAGAAGCUUCGUUCACUCUCUAUCAAUUUGCCACAUAUCGACGCAAAAGCAAUUCAAGAAUUGUCCCUUAAAUGUCCUCUAUUGAUUAACCUUGAACUGUGGAUGGAUGUGGCUAUUGAUCGGUCGGAGUUGCCAAUUAUACCGAAGUUAAAUCUAACUUUGCGUAAAUAGGAAUAAUUUUUUUUUUUGAAUUCUUUCUAUAGUCUUUAAAUAAUACAAUGCUCGCUGUUAGAGAACCUGGAAGCCUGGAUAGAUGAUCGCACAAACUGCCAAUUAUGCCGAAGUUAAAACUAACUUUUUGUACACGGCAUUUAAGAGUUAACAUUAUUUUUUCUAAUGGACUUUGCCAUGGAAAAAUGAUAGAUGAGGAAUGAUCAUUUAAAUCCUUUCAAAAAGUAUUAAGAGCAAUAUGAGACACUAAUUUAAAAUGAUUUAAAUAAUAUAUAUUUGUUGUUGAACUGGCUUACAAAUAUACAAUAUUUUAUGUGACCAUUAAUCUUACAAUUUA